AGAUUCAGGAGGUCCAGCAUUUUCCUAAGCGAGCAAAUUGUUCAAGCGAACUUAACGACAAAUUUUUUGGGAUAUUCACUGCUCGUCCACCUCCCUGCCUCUGAGUGCUCUAAAUUUAAAGGCUACCGUUCUGCUUUUCAUGUGAUUUUUGGUUGAAGGCGGACCCCGAUUCCAAUUUCUUUUCUUAUCUUUUUUCUUUGAGGCAAGGUAAUCAAGAUCAUUAAAGCCGACAAAAUUUGCUUUCUGCUAGUUGACGGGAUUUUUUCAUAAUAAUACCUUUCUGUUUUGGGAUAGAACACAGAAUGCCGCUCGUCGAGUGUGCGGCACCGAUUCCAUCGCAGUGGACGCCUAGUAAAGUCGGCAAGGGUAAAGGCAAAAAAGGAAAAAAGAAGGGAAGCAGCAAGAAAGGAGCAGCAAGAGUCAACAGCACCUGCGCGACAGAGGAUUAUGGUGUUGAACAAGGAGUCGGUCCUGCGGUUAUACAGCAUGAGGGCACACCGACAACCAGUUGUUAUGGGAAAGGGAAGAAAGGAGUCUCAAGCUAUGGCUCCCUUUCAUGGCAGGACAGCACGCUGCAUCGUAUUUGGACUGGCAAUGGUUGGGUAGAUACUCGUGUGUCGACUACGCGGGGCCUCCCAAAUCGAGAACGCGACAAAGAGCGGGUUGAGCGAACUCUAGGGUUGCCAGAAUUCGGACGCGAAGACGUGCAAAUAUAUUUUCAGCCACAUGCAGCGGGUGACACAAGGUACCUUCCAGCUGAGGUCCAGAGCCAGAUGGAUGCUCUUUCCGAUGAAAGGAAAUUAACUGGUAGUACUAAUGAAAAAGCGUCAAGCAGCGGAAAGCGACUCGUGGCUACCGGGUAAGACGAUAACCAAAAGUUUUUUGUUCAUGCUGUGCUGAUUAAGUAGUAGUAGUAGCAGUAGUAAGUAGUUUUUUUCAUGCUGUAGUAGUAGUUUUUUUUCUCACAGAGUGAACUAGUUUUCAAGAUGCUGUUUUCAAGCAGAAUUGCUUGUUCUGUUGUGUCGUUACUGUAAAACGCGAUGUUUUCUUUGUGAAUUUUGUUUGGCGACUCUAUUGUGCAUAACACACGCCACAGGUAUGCUCGCAUCGUGUAUGGUGAUCACGGUCCCUAUGUGGAGCUGCAGAGUCAGCACGUUGCUUGGGAGUCUUUUCCCUUUUUCUUUGAGAAACCGGAUUAUAGCUACUACGACGAGUAUUUCGCCGAGAACUUGGUGAUGCUCUAUGCCCAGAAGAAAUAUGUGAAUAACAAAAAGAACCCGCCGAAGACCGGUGACUGGUUUGCGCAGAAUUAUCGGGCCGAAGGCUACGCAAAUUACGUCCCGGGGAUGCAUUACAUCAGCGCGAGCUCUGAUGUGCUUUUUGCAGAAACGGUGGACGGAAAACCACUAGGUUCAGCGUGCGCGCCAACGGACCAAGAUUCUUACGCAGUAGCAGCAGCACCAGUUCCUUUCGAAGUUGGUACAAAUUAUGCAUACGAUAACGUUGGGAGAGUGCAAUCAUAGAUGCACUCGUUCCUGCCAGCCGAGUUUGCGGGUAUUGACCCUCACGCGGAUGGCGCUGCAGUGAAUCUAGUACAUGUUGGCCAGCAGUUACAUCAAAGGGACGGUGAAACGCAGUCGCCCUCCUAGAGCCUCGGCGAAUCUGUGUCGACUUCGGGCACCAGUGGUGGUAACACUACGGGUUUGAGUAAUGCUGACAAAUCCGCACUUCCAGAAGACGAUAGUUGCAGACACGACCAGGACACUAGUUGUCAAGAACAGGAUUCAUGACAACAGAACUGCUCUGCGGUUGUUACUUGUCGGUAAAUCUGCAUGGUCCACUGUUUUCCUUAAGAACCCUCUACUAAUUGGCAGCCGUCCCCGCUUCUCUCUGAAUUCGAUGUAGAAUGAAAACCCUGUAUGAUCUCUUAGAGGGAGAUCAUGACAACCAAUGAACGAAAAAUGGUCCCCACAAUCAAAGGAGAUGAGAAAUAUCAUCUUAGCAGAUUCUCUGCUCUGCUGUGAUCUGAUUUUUUCUUUUGGAUAUGGGUACGGGUAGGGCUCAAAUUUGUACAGCCACUUGCUCUUCAACAAAUGCAUAGAAGUUGAUUGAUUCAUUAGAGACGGGAGAAAUCGGCCACAACCCAUGAGAAUGUUGCACUCAUAGCUGAUUGAUGUCCAGAUUAGUGUCGUCUUUCCUCUGCCUUAGUGAAUUUCUGUUGUCAUUCCAGCGAUCUUUUCC